CUACUCAAAACGUGACUCUGAGGCCCAAGAGGAAAAUAUUUAUGAGAAUUGUGCAGUUGGUUUGGGAUACUGCAGAGAAUCAGACUACCAAAAAAGUUUUCAACCUGUGGUUGUGAAUGACAAGCUUGCCUGCAACUUUGCAAAAGCAUGGACCGUGGUAACAGAUGCUAACAAUGAGCAGUGCAAAGAGGUCAUUCCAAUUGAAACACCACCACAAAUAAUUGCUGCUGAAGAUCGAAAUCUAGUGGUGUCUCCAACUUCAUACAGUUCAUACACAAUUGACCGCAAGCAUAAGAAAACAAACACACUGAGGAGACAAAAACCAAUUAGAUCUACUCCAAAUACUAGAUCACCACAGCUGCCACCAAAUGUUUCUUCUUCUAGUCAACAUGCUAGUCAUUUCAAGCCAAUCAAUUCCCCUAAGAGGACUUUCAAUCAAUCUCUUAGUAGUUCUUCAUACAGCUCUUUGUCACCUGACAUUGUAGUUUCAGAUACAGAAGAUUUGUACUCUGAAAUAGGACCUUUGAUUUCUAAUCCCUUGCACAAGAGUGUAUCAGAAGGAUGUCUUCUCUCGGCCUGUGAUUCUGAAAAAACUGAGCUUAAGAAGUCUUCUAGUGUUGAGAUUCAUCAACGAGAUUCUGGUUUCCAUGACGCCUCUCCACCUACUCCACCAAAACAUGAACAACUACGCAGGAAAAGCAUUUCAUUGAACGAUAUCCCACAGAUCAUAAAUACAACUUUGUUUAAUCAUUCCAAAAGUGUGCCAUUACUAGCACUCCAUGCAGCAAAGGCCCAUACAAAAUCCGACAGUAUCGAUUCAACCAAUGGUGUAUUUCCAAGCACAACCGUGAAUGCAUCCUCUCUGAAAUCUUACAAAUCAAUGGAACUAUUAAGUGGAGAUGAUUUUGAAGCAAUAGGAGAAAACAUUGGAAAUCAUACUACACUGACAGCACAGCCCCAUGAGCCAACACUGGACAGUCCACCUUCAAUACCAAAGAGGAAUUCAUCAUUCUUGAAUAAUUACAGCAUAUCAGACGACUAUUUGUUAAAGCAAGGAAAACGACUUAGCCAAGUGCUCAAUAUUAACGUAACAGUAAAGUCGGAAGAAAAAGGACAUAUCAGAUCCUUCUUUGCGAAAGUUGGGACCAUGCUGACACGAAGAAAGAGAAAUCCCUCAUCACUAAGCACAGCUUCUGUACAGUCACCUCAAUCACCUCGACCGACAAUGUCUCCGUUUGAUGCCUCCCUAACGUGUCCUUUUCCUAGUAACCGAUCUCCUAGCAGCCCAAUUUCAGGGACCCUGCUGGCGAGAACAUCGAAUACUCAAGACUUCAGUACAUCACCUGGUAGGCUGUCAGAGGAGGAUGAGUAUGACAUUGUUGUCCCUCAACCUUUGGACCAGGUCAAGGAAAAGAACCCAUAUGAUGUAGCUAUUUCACAGCUUCCAGUACCUCUUAAGACCCCUAUACCAGAUUACCUACGCAUUAUCCCUGCUGAUGGUGAUACCUCGAGCAUUUAUGGAAACCAUGAAAUGGAGGAUACACAUUUUUAUCAGACACCGCCCUUUCAACCACACCAGCACAGUUUAAACGAUGAACAUGACUUAUACAAGAACAAAUUCAUACAAAAAGGAGCAAACGGAUCAAUUACUUUAGACGGAAGCAUGCUGAAUGACUACCAAAUACCUCCCCCUCCAUCAGCAGAGACGAGAAUGAGUUAUGACAAUGAAUUGUAUGAGAACAAUGCUAUUAAGAGAGGAGCAAAUGGAGCGAUCACAUUUAACAGCAGAAAUCUACACGACUACCAGACACCACCAAGUAGAACCAAUGCAAUCGAUGCUAGUAACACUCCUCCCCCUUUACCUUCAAAAGAACUGUAUUCUGAGCCUAAUUUGAAGAAUUCCAAUCCCCCGUCUCAUGAGUUGAACAUCAGUAGUACAUACAAAGAACAUGUGGCUGAUUGGGUUCAAUCUUCCCCAAACUUGAGCACACAUGAGAUCUACGAUGUCAUAGCAGAUGGAGACAUCGGAAACAUCUAUGACUAUAUACAUGAAGGCAAUGACAUGGCAUUGGAACGGACACAGAGCGAACCUGAUUUGAUUUACGAAAUCCCGGGGGAAUAUGACUCAAGUAGUGAAGAUGAAUACAUGACAAUGCAACCAAAUAUAUGUCACUCAACCGAGGCACUUGACCUAGAAAUCAGCUACCCAUCCAAGCCUUUCAAACGAAAGUCCAGAGCUAGCAAAUUUCUGAGGCCAAAAGGUCCACCCCCUCCUCCCAAAGUAAACAAGUUAUCACACCUGAAAGCACAAUCUAGAGUGAAAGAGAUACGAGCAAAAUUAAUGUCCGGCAACAAUCAGUGUAAUGAUCAUUCAAGCCACUCCAGAGGCAACAAACAACAUACUCCCAAGAGCACACUUGGGCCCUUAAUAGCAUUGGGAGCUCCACCUAAAUUUAUACCGAUUGCUCCCAAACCUAAAGCCCAUAAAUUGAUGCAGAUUCAACAUUCAGCUGUACAAAACAAAGUGCCAACUUCCUCGAUUCCAUUAAUAGCUACUAUAUCGGGGAACGUAGACUCACUUAAAGGCAUCCGAAAUUCUCCUCCAAAUACUCUUAAAUUCAAAAAAGUGUCACCAAUAUCUGCUUUAACAACACCAUUCCUAUCUCCGCCUUCAGCCUUUAAAGCUUCUUCAGUUCCCAUUGUGAAGAAAAAGCCAAUAUUUCCACCAAACCUCAUUCCUGUUAGCCUGUUGCCUCCGCCUAUAGUCACAUCUUCCAGUCAUCAGCAGAAUGAAGUACACAUACCUCCAGCCAUCAGUCUGAAAAAUGAAUCUUUCCUCACCCCCCCUCGACUCACCCCUUCUACCCCCCCGCCCAACACCAAGCCAUUACCAGUCACACCUAGUAAGCAAACUAACAGUACUGUUAAUGUUAGUGAAAUAACUGCUAACCUGGGCUCUUGUCAGUGUGUGUCAUCUCCAUCAAAACCGUCUCCUUCAACUCUGACUAAGCCAGAGAAGACUAAAUCACUACCACCCACACCACCACCACCUCCUCCAAUUGUAAAACCACUCAUGACACCGGCACAAUCCUUACCUACUAGGACAUUACCAUUUCUGCCAGUGAAAACAAACUCAACAUCUUUAUCCUCUUCACAAGUACUAACAAAGCCAUUGCCCUAUUCAGGACAAAAGUCGUCAUCUAGACCGUUACCUCCACUACCAAUAGGGGCACUUUCUAAAUCAACCCAACCCCCUCCAUUUCCACCUAGCCCACCUCCUCUACAGGCACCUCUCCUUCUACUUGGACCACCCCCUCUGCAAGCACUCCAAGGUCCUCCACUUGGACCAUCCCCUCCACAAACACAUCCCCUUCCAGUAGGUCCACCCCCUCCACACGGACCACCUCCUCCAAAAGUACCUCCCCCUCCACCAGGCCUACCCUCUCCACACAGACCACAUCCUCCAAAGGCACCUCUCCUUCCAGGUCCACCUCCACCAAAGGCAUCUCUUUUCCCAUCAGGUACACCCCAUCCACACGGACCACCUCCUCCAAAGGCACCUCCUCCUCCACCAGGCCCACCCUUUCCACAUGGACCACCUCCUCCAAAGGCACCUCUCCUUCCACCAGGUCCACCUCCUCCAAAGGCACCUCUUCUUCCAUCAGGUCCACCCCAUCCACAUGGACCACCUCCUCCAAAGGCACCUCAUCUGCCAAUAGGUCCAUCCCCUCCUCCAAAGGCACCUCACCUGCCAAUAGGUCCAUCCCCUCCUCCAAAGGCACCUCUUCUACCACCAGGUCCACCCUAUCCACAUGGAACACCUCCUCCAAAGGCACCUCCCCCUCCACCAGGUCCACCCCCUCCACAUGGACCACCUCCUCUGCCACCAGGUCCACCCCCUCCACACGGACCACCUCCUCUGCCACCAGGUCCAACCCCUCCACACGGACUACCUCCUCUGCCACCAGGUCCACCCCCUCCACACGGACUACCUCCUCUGGCACCAGGUCCACCCCCUCCGCACGGACUACCUCCUCUGGCACCAGGUCCACCUCCUCCACACGGACUACCUCCUCUGGCACCAGGUCCACCCCCUCCGCACGGACUACCUCCUCUGCCACCAGGUCCACCUCCUCCGCACGGACUACCUCCUCUGCCACCAGGUCCACCCCCUCCACACGGACCACCUCCUCUUCCACCAGGUCCACCUCCUCCACUUCACACACAAUAUUCAAUGCCACUGUGUCCAACAGCUUCUACAAGCAUAUCAAAGCCCAAAAGAAGCAAAGGCAAUAGCUCACCACCAAAAGCAAAAUCAUUUGGAUCCACUUUAGACUUAAACAGUGAACUCCUAGCCAAGUUGAAGUCAAGAACUCGUAUUGAAUAA